AUGUUCAAUUGUCCCGGAAGUGAAGAGGCUCAGUUACUAUACUCAUCGGAACAAUAUUCUCCGGAAACGAUAAGGAAAAAGCAGCCAUUUCGAAGACGGCGAAAGCGUAGCGCUUCAUCAUACGAGCGAAAACGGAAAGCGGCAAAUGAAAGGGAACGAAGACGAAUGUGGAGGUGA